CAAGCCAGUUGGCAUGACCCCACCUCAACCCAACCCAUGGAGCUUAUAAAGCACAACCAUUGCCACCUCUUUGCACAUAUCAGCUCUUGACUUGAGUCUCCUCUGUUGACUCUCUUCAUUCUUCUCAGUAUCCUUUGCCUUUCAGCUAUUCCACGCCAUCUCCUUACCUUUUCACCUUGAAUUCAUCAAUUCCUCAUUAUUUUACUUGACUGAACUUGCAUAACAUUUCCCACCCAGAUAAAUGGCCUCUAGCUCAAUGUCCUCUCAUGACUCUGGCUCUUGGACUGCUAAGCAGAACAAGGCCUUUGAAAAGGCCCUGGCUGUGUAUGACAAGGAUACCCCUGACCGUUGGUACAAUGUCGCCAAGGCCGUUGGUGGAAAAACUGCAGAGGAAGUGAAGAGGCAUUAUGAACGCCUCGUGGAGGAUGUCAAGCAUAUCGAGAGUGGCCAAGUUCCCUAUCCCAACUACAGGACUACAGGAGGGAGUGGCCAUGGAAAAAAUAAGUGACGAGGAGCAGAGGAUUGAAGCAUGAAAUCAAAGCAGCACAAUAAAUAUGCAUGGUCAUCUUUUCCUAUGGGAUUAGAUGCUAUAGUAAUUAAAGAGUCAGUUUCUUUCGGUUUUGUUUCACAGCUUUGUUGUCUACAUCUAGUUUCCACUGUGUGACUGAUAUGUUUCAAGGAUAGAGCCUUGCUCUUUACAAACCUUGUAUGUUCUCUGUAAUGAAUUGUCCUUAGUGAAAUGUGUAUUCUGUGUGUUUCCGUCCAAGAGAUUUGCAAUUUUUUAACAGUAUAACACAAAAUGUAAUAAA